GCAGGGGGUAAUUUCUUGACUUUCCAUACACUUUUGCUUUGCUUUUUUACUUGAAACUUACUUACAAUUAAGCUUAUGGCUCUCCAUUUUCCCACAUAAUAUCCUCUCUCUCUCUCCCUCUCCCUCUCUCUCUCUCUUAACACACACUACACACACAUGCACGCAAUAUGUUUAUAAAUCACCAAAGUAGCAUAUAUACCAUCACCAAAUGCCUUUACCACAUCAAACAUUCACCAUGUCAGAUCCUCAACCUAAUUCUUAUGAUGAAUGGUUCAACUUCAUGCUCCACCACCCUCACUACUCUUCAUCUUCUUCCUCUUCUUAUUCUCCUCCUUCUCAAUCCAACAUAUGGUCACCCUACCCCCCCAUUUACUCCAACAACAUGUUUGAAAUUCCUUUAUCUUCAGCCUCAUCUUCCUCUGCAAGACCCCUUUCACCUCCUCUCAGAGAAGCCCUUCCACUCAUCAACAAGUUGAGCCUCACAAACCAGCAAAACAAUGAACUCUCAAACAUUAACAUUGGAAUAGAAGUGGAAGAGGACAAACAUGAAGAUGAUGAUGAGGACGAAGAAGAUGUAACUGUGAAUUUUUCCCUACGCAUAGGGCUUCCAAGGAUGAGUACUUCUUCUGAUCUGGGUUCAACUUCAAGGAUGAGUUCCACUUCUCUAGAAAUGGCCCAAAGAGAAGAAGUUAAUAUGAUUUCUGAACAAUCUUUGGAAAGAUUGAACAAGGGCCAGUAUUGGAUUCCUACCCCUUCUCAGAUACUCAUUGGUCCUACACAGUUCGCAUGUUCUGUGUGCUCUAAAACUUUCAACAGAUACAAUAAUCUUCAGAUGCAUAUGUGGGGACAUGGAUCUCAAUACAGAAAGGGGCCUGAUUCUCUAAAAGGAACACAGCCAACAGCUAUGCUAAGGCUUCCAUGCUUUUGUUGUGCACCAGGUUGCAAGCACAACAUUGACCACCCAAGAGCAAGGCCUCUCAAGGACUUCAGAACUCUCCAAACACAUUACAAGAGAAAGCAUGGCAUCAAACCCUACAUGUGCAGAAAAUGUGGCAAAGCUUUCGCAGUGAAAGGCGAUUGGAGAACGCAUGAGAAGAAUUGCGGCAAAAUAUGGUAUUGUUUAUGCGGGUCUGAUUUCAAACACAAAAGGUCUCUCAAGGACCACAUCAAAGCCUUUGGCUAUGGCCAUGGAGCUCUUGGUGUUGAUUGCUUGCAAGAAGAAGAUGAAGCAGCUUCUGAAAAUGAACAUGAUGAGGAAAGCUCACUGUGAAAGUUGGAAAACUAAGAUCAAGGUUAAUUUUUCAUAUCCGGUUUCACAUACAUGCUUGUAAUAAUUGUUGGCUAAUGAAUUUCCUAUUAGCCUUUUCUUUUAUGUUUGUAACUUUCUUAUGUUGUAGCUUUUCAAUAAUUAAAACGUUGGUUGCUUAUUAAUUUUUGGUAACAUGCUUAUUAAUUAGCAAUGUGUACUAGGAUAUGAAAGCUCUUUUGAAAACCUUCUAGGAUUAUUACUAUUCAGACUUAUGAUCAUCUCUGCAGCGGAGGCGUUGAAGGCAGUAAGUCCCUGUGUGGCAGUAAGUCUAUAUUGGCCAUACUACAGACAUGUUAUUAAGUUCUGAAUAUUUUUAA